UCUUACCACAGGAAUCAAAGGAAGGGACCAGCUCCAUGGAGGAUAUUAGUAUUAGUAGCGGCAGCAAUGCACAUAGUGAUGAUGCCGGGGGCAAUUACACUAGUCACGAUCAAGACGUAAGAAGCGGACGGCUCGACAAAGGUGAAGAUAUAUGCAAGGAUUUGCCAGAACCUGUUGGUCUCAGUCGUCUCUCUACCGAACUUUCGCUAGAUAACAUGAAAUUAGAAGGGGAUGUGGAUGUUAUUGAAAAAGAAAGGAGAUUAUCUGCCGAUGGGAAAAAGGUUUCCACUGAGAGCAAAAAGGCAUCUGUCAGUUUGAAUUUGAAGAGGUCUCCAUCACCUUCUGGAACACCUCAUUCUCCAUCUAGACCAUCUUCACUUUUAACGCCAACAGCUCCCCCUUCAACUACCCGGGUAAUAGAAAUAGCCACAAAAGUAAUAGAGUUUGUAUGCUCUGAGGAGACCAUCGACAUUGAAUCCUUGAGGAAAGCCUUUUUCACUCAGGUUUUGAGUGAAAUUAUAUUCUCAGCAUAA